CAACAGCAACAACAGCAACUAGAAACAACGAAAAUGAAUUCCAAAGUCAAUUCGCUGGAGGAGAAAGUGAAACUGCCGCCAACGGAGACAAUAAGCCGUUGCUAUCAGCCGCAGCAGAGCAACCGUAAGGUCAUCCGCAUCCUAACGGUAGCCGUCUAUGUGCUCUGCGUAUCGCUGGCGGCCAUAAUGCUAUCGCUAUAUUAUAUAUUCAUAUGGGAUCCGACUAUACGGCCUUUUGUUACCAAGGCCAAUCAGUGCGACAAAAUUGUGAUACCCGAAAAGAUUGCCAUACGCCUAUUAAACUCAUCGGAAGUCACCGCAGAGCAGUUCUACAAGCACAUCCUCGAGCAGUAUCGCAUCCUGAACCAUUUGCAAAUGCAGCGCCAGCAGUUCCUGCAGAAGCAACAUCUGCAGCUGCAGCAGCUGGAGGCGAGCAAUCGCUUCCAGGAGGUGUUCGCCACGGCCACCAUUAUACAGGCACAUCCACAUCCGCAUCUACGUGAGCCGCUCAAGAAGCCACUUGUCACACACUCCAACAACAACAACAACAACAACAACAACAGCAGCAACAACAGUCCGGGCUCCUAUCGCCUGGAGGCGCCGCCAAAUGUGGACACGUCGGCGCACCACAUGCCACUGUUGCUGGACACAUCCCCGCCGGCGGAGGGCAUCAUGACACAUGUGAAGCGUAAGACCCACCGCGGUGGCCACUACAAGCACCAUCGUGGGCGUCCCGGCGGCAUUGGGCUCAAAAAGCUGCCGGAACGCAGCGGCUCCACGUUGACGGCAAGCAGCACAGCCGCCGCUGGAUAUGCGCUGGGCGAAGAGCCAACGGCGGCGGCACCAUAUGGCUACAUGGACACACCACUGAAUCCGGCGGCCGGCACCAUAGUGCAGCAGCCGCUGCAGCUGUACACCUCGAUGCCCAUACCGCUGAUCCUCAGUCCGAGCAACAGCGAGAAGCGUCCGUCGCACCACAGUCACAGUCAUGCGCAUGGCGAGCGACGCGGCCUCGGUGGUGCCCAGGUGCGUCGACGCACCACAACGGCCACCGUGUCCGGCUAUGAUGCGCAGACCUACCUCAAUCCGUUCCUCACCGGCGAGCUGAUCUUCGAGAAGUAAGCGCUGCAAAUGUUGCUCCAUUUACACACACACACACACAAAGCGUUGAAUAGUUGGCCAAAGUUUAGCUAAAGAUAAUUUACUUUAAGCAUCUGGCAUGCACCAGAUGGCUGGGAAUUCUUCUGGCACGGAAUUGAGACUCGGACACUCUAUACUAUACUCUACUUUACAAGUACUACUAUACUAUACUCCCUUGCACACGGCAGAUGCAUCGAAUAUACCUAUACACACACACACACACACACACACAUUUAUAUAGUAUAAAUCAGAGUUGAAUGUGACCAGGGUUUCCACUAGGCUAUUUUUUUUUUUAACCAUGAACAGUGAAAGGGCAUUUUUUCUAAACUGCCUUGUAAAGUUCAUGUUAGUUGAAAUGGUUUUCAUAAAGAAGGUUUUCAAAUUAACAAAGCUGCGUCUUUCAACUAAUUAACAAGUUUUUCAGAGCGUUGAGAACGUAUUCAGUUUAUGUUUAACUUGCAGUUACAAGCUGACAAGGUGGCCACAUUGUCAGUCUGACUUGCAGAAUAUUUACCAAGCAGAUUAAUGAGCAGCUAAAUAAAAGCUUGAAAGUGGCUAUUAGUUGGGAAUAUGUCAAAGGAAGGCGUUUUUUUUUUCAAGUCGGCAACCUUAUAAUAUUCAGUUGUAUAACACUCGCACAGUUAUCUAGCUGCUGGUAAAUUUGGCUUCACUUGUUAAAGUGGCUGGCAACACCGAAAUUCUCCAAUUCUUAUAUACCUGUCAGUCAAAAGCCGUCUGAACUAUAUGCAAAUGUAUUUAAUAGUAGACGUUUCGAUUAGGAUAUAUAUUAACGAGGGAACUACCAGUUUUUAAGCUUAGAUCA